AUGCGGCUCUUGCUGUACAAUAUGCAAGCCACGAUCAAACCUUGCGCAAGCAGAGUUGCCGGCCCUGGAAUUUAUCCAUCCAUCUCACAGACCGAGACUCCGAGCACCCCCAUACCCAUUGCAUUUUAUGCACCAACGACUAGGAAACAAGCACCGCAAGCGUUGCUAUGGCUUGACUCUUAUCAUGGACUAAUGAACGCAGAUGCUGGUGAGGAUCCUCCGUCUCACAGAAGUUUGGUAUUGAUUGUGGCUUUCUACAGCGCAAAAGUCCACAAAAAAUCUCUGGUGAGCAUUGCCAUCAUCAAAGCGCAGGAAGUUUGGUAUAACUUCGGUUCAAUCGGUGGCUGCAACAAAGUCCGGCCCAGUCGUGCAGCCAUGUCUGCUCAUCAAUAG